AUGGGUAGCGGCUGCAGGUUCGACAGCUCGAGACCUCCGCAGGUGUGGAGGUUUACGCUGCAGCAAAAGAAGCAGCAGCAGCAGGAGCAGUGGGAGCGGCAACAGGAGAAGCAGCGGCGGGAGCAGCGCAGCAACUGCAGCAGCAGCAACCGCAGCAUCCGCAGCAGCAGCUGCAGCAGCAACAGCAGCAGCAACAGCAGCAGCAGCUGCUGA